AUGAUCACGUGGGACGAGCCAUGGUGGGCAUUAGCCGACGAUGAUGAAAGUCACGAGUUGUACGUGCCGCUGAAAAAACGGCGCAUGGGAGCUCAGAAUGCUCGACAAGAAAAAGGGAGAUUGAAUGCACGGACUGCCGAGGUAGCUACGGAUGAUGUAGCUACCGUUACAACAACCGGCGAUACUGGCGAGCCAUCUGAGGGCACAGUAAAAGCGAAGGCACCAUCCCUUAUGCAACAAGCGCGUACGAUACGAGAGCAUUUGUAUGAUACCAAAUCACAUGCGGACUUGCAGGCAGAAGAAGAAGAACACAUCUUAGAGGCACAUGCAGCUCGCAAAAAACUAGCAGGCUAUGCAGAGAUUGCCCGAGAUAUCCAUUACACAGAGACGGUCCGUCGUUCAUGGCAGGCACCACAUUUUGUGCGUCGUCGUACGGAUCUUGAGAAUGCAAAAUUGCGCGAGAAGUAUCGUGUUUCGGUCGAGGGACGUGACCCGCCGCCACUCAUUUCGAACUUUCGGGAUAUGAAAGUGCCAGACUGCAUUAUUGAUCACCUAAAAGCAAAGGGCAUUCAAGCCCCCACGCCCAUUCAAAUGCAAGGUCUGCCGACAGCCUUCAGUGGACGUGAUAUGAUUGGGAUUGCGUUUACAGGAAGCGGGAAAACACUCACUUUCAGUCUUCCGCUUAUCUUGUUCGCCGUCGAGGCAGAGCGUCGGUUGCCUUUUGAGCAGGGAGAGGGUCCAGUUGGGUUGAUUGUGUGUCCUUCUCGUGAGCUUGCGCGGCAGACAUACGACUCAAUUAUUGCGAUGGCAGAAGCACUAGAGUAUGGUGGUUAUGCACGCAUUCGCACGCUCUUGUGUAUUGGAGGGAUUCACAUGUCAGAGCAAUCGCAUGUGCUUCGGCGUGGUGUGCAUAUUGUGGUAGCGACACCUGGGCGCUUGCAGGAUGUACUCGAGAAGAAGCGACUUGGCUUGCAUUCAUGCACAUACUUGUGCUUGGAUGAGGCAGAUCGCAUGAUGGACAUGGGAUUCGAGGAUGAUGUGCGAAACAUCUUGAGCUUCUUUACUCGCCAACGACAAACCUUGUUAUUUUCAGCGACAAUGCCGAAGAAGAUCUUGGAUUUUGCUGCGCAGUCUCUCUUUGAUCCCGUGAUUGUGAAUGUGGGCCGCGCAGGCGCAGCUAGCUUGGAUGUUGUGCAGGAAGUUGAGUAUGUGUCCCAGGAGAGCAAGAUGACGCAGCUCCUCGAGGCACUGCAGAAAACGGCGCCGCGUGUGAUUGUUUUCAGUGACAACAAGAAUGAGGUUGAUGAUAUUCAUGAAUUCUUGCUACGGAAGGGCGUGGAGGCUGUAGCAAUCCAUGGCUCGAAGACGCAAGAUGAACGUGAGUAUGCUAUUGAGAGUUUCAAGUCGGGGAAAAAAGACGUCAUGGUCGCCAGUGGGAUUGCUAGCAAGGGUCUUGACUUUUCCAACAUUCAACACGUAAUCAAUUACACUAUGCCAAAAGACAUUGAAGACUAUGUUCAUCAAAUUGGGCGGACGGGUCGUAGUGGUAAGACGGGUGUGGCGACUACGUUUGUGAACGCACAAACACCGCAGUCAACCAUGCUAGACCUCAAGUACCUGCUUUUGGAGGCGAAACAGCAUGUGCCAUCUUUUUUCGACGCACUUCAGGACCCCCUAGCUGGACGCAAUGCCCCACGUACUGGAUGUGCCAUAUGUGGUGGGUUGGGACACACGGUGAUCCACUGUCCCAAGCUGGAAGAACAUCAGCGCCGGCUCACGUCGCAUAUGAGUCAUGGUGGUGGUGAGCAAGGUGGAUAUUAG